AUGGCGGACCGCGGACGCCGCCGUGGAGGAGGCGGUCGCGGCCGGGGAGACUUUACAGGCCGUGGGAGAGGCGGUGAUCGAGGAGAUCGAGGAGGUCGUAGAGACAGAAGUCGCGGGGGCGGCGGCAGCGGUCGCGGCGGGUGCGGUGGAUUCGAGGCUGUAAAAUUCUGGGGGGAUGAGAUCUUUCCUGCGCCUGAUGCCGAAACCACGAAGCUCGAAGACGCUUCCGUGAAAGACUAUUCGACGAUUCUUGCGCGCACGUCGCUAGUCGAUCAAUUUCCUCGUCGUCCUGGGUACGGUACCGCUGGACGGAGCAUUGUGCUUUGGACCAACUACUUCGACCUGAAAGGAGUUUCAAAAGAUAACUGUUUCUACCUGUAUAGCGUAGCAUUUCAACCUGACAAUCAGCUUUCGAAGCCUAAGAAAAAGCGCCUCAUCCAAAUUCUUCUUGAACGAGCGCCUUUCGCCAGCAUCAGCGUAGCGAGCGAUGGGGCUCAGGUGCUAGUUGCUUCUAAGGAGAUCGACCUUGGUGGGUCCCGCCAAACAUACGACAUUGAAUGGUACCCUACCGAUGGGAAGUCACUCCCUGCAACCACUUCCGACUACUUUGGCAGGCGUUCAGCGGCCCGCAAACGGAAUACGGUGAAGUUACUCGUUGAAGAAAUUGGAACUGCUUCGUUGUCAGAGCUGAUGAAAGACUUGUCCGCAGCAAGAACGACGUAUCCCCUGAAGCUUGAGAUCAUUCAGGCUUUGAACAUUAUACUAUCCUAUGGCUCAAGCACUGGUUCUAACAUAGCGACUGCCCCCCAAAACAAGUUCUAUCCUUUGGGAAAACACCCAAAUUUUGAGAACACGGACCUUGGUGGAGGCCUGGAGGCUCUUCGCGGCUACUUUCCGAGCGUCAGAACGAGCAUUAACAGGAUUUUGGUUAACGUAAAUGUGGCUACAGGGGCUUUCUACAAGUCUGGACCUCUUCUUGACUUGUUGAAAGAGGUCAACUAUGGUCGAGCCCCAAAUGGCCCAGAAGAACACCCACGCAUGGCCGCGUUCGGUAGGAAGCUUCGAAUUGAAACAAACUACAUCCCAGAGACCGAUCGCAGCGGAAAGCUAAGAAAGGCCGGUGACAAGCCAGUAACUAAGCGAAAGGUGCAUGUUAUUGGAGACUUGUCACCUUAUAAAAAGGACAGCAUCAACGCCACUUUCGCUUGGACAGAUCCAAAUGGUCAAACCAAGACCAUUUCCGUUCAGCAAUACUUCCAGCAGAUGUAUAGCAUGACUCUCGCUUUACCAAAUGCGCCACUGGUCAACUAUGGCACUCGAGGCAACCCAAAAUGGAUCCCCGGAGAGCUAUGUAGCGUUGCACCAGGGCAACUAGCCAGAAGAAUUCUCCAAGGCGAUCAAACCCGGGGAAUGAUUCGCUUUGCAGCUCGUCAACCGUACCAAAAUGCUAAGUCCAUCUGCCAUGAUGGCUUGAACGUGAUAAAAAUCAAUCCUGUGGCUGGAGAAUUGAAUACCAACUUGACCAAAUUUGGCAUCGAAGUCAACCCGACGAUGCUGACGGUGCAUGGCCGCGUCCUAAAUGCACCAGAACUGGCCUACAAGUCGCGAAAGCUCAUAACUAGUGACGGUGCCUGGAAUCUUGACACCGAGAUUAUCGGCACGAAGCCAUUUAGCUUGCCAAAGGCUCUCCCUUUGUGGAAUUGUCUUGUGAUCAAAGAAGGUAAUCGUGAGACCGUCGUUGGUGGCGAGCCAAGAGUUAAGGAUCUCUUGGGAUUAUUCACGCAAUUCCUUAAAACAUGCGGAAUGGCCGCAGGCCCUGUCGAAGAGCUAAAGUUUACCUCUAUAAAUUUCUUUGAUCUUCAAAACCGCAACGUGGACAAAGUACGACAGCAACUUGCCCAGGCUAUUCAAGAUUUCCGUGCCUCGCCGAAAUUCCUUUUCGUGCUGCUCCCAAGCGAGAUGGCUCUGCUUUACGACUGUGUAAAGUAUGUUUGCGACAUUAAAUUCGGUAUACCUUGUGUCUGCAACAUCGGAAAGAAAUGGUCCCGAGUCCAACGACAAGCCCAAUAUUUUGCCAACGUCGCUCUCAAAUUCAACCAGAAGUGUGGGGGUAUCAAUCACUUCAUCGACAUAGGCCAGUUGGAGCCCCUGGAUGCACGUACAAUCAUCUUCGGAAUCGAUGUCUCCCAUCCUUCACCCGGCAGUGCAGAAACGUCGCCUAGUAUUGCGGGCGUCGUUGCGUCUGUUGACACCCAAUUCUCACAGUAUCCGGCCAGUAUACGCACUCAGCAGGGACGCAAGGAGAUGGUAACAGAGCUUGAGGAGAUGAUUCUCGAACGGUUACAUCUCUGGAAGAAGUGCAACAAGGGACUUCCGAGCAAGGUAAUUGUUUAUCGGGAUGGCGUCUCGGAGGGGCAAUACAAAGAUGUCAUGGAGAAGGAAUACCCUGCAUUUGAGGAGGCCUUUAAGAAACUAUAUGGAGCAGCGGUGAACCACCCUAAGAUCUCUAUCAUCAUAGUCGGAAAGAGACAUCAUACGCGAUUCUACCCGACCAAGAAACAAGAUGCAGACCCCCACACUAGUAACCCACUUCCAGGUACUGUAGUCGGCCGCGGGGUUACCGGGGAGAAGUUGUUCGAUUUCUUCCUCCUUGCACACAAAGUACUCCAGGGAACUUCAAAGCCUGCACACUACGUCGUCCUCAAGGACGAGAACAGGUUCGGUGCUGACCAGCUUCAAAUUCUAACGCACAAUCUAUGCUACACGUUUGCUCGAGCAACACGAGUAGUUAGUAUUUGCCCCCCGGCUUACUACGCCGACCUGCUCUGCAAAAGAGGCCGUGCGUACCUCCACGGCGUCUUAAAAGGUGAUGGUUCAGUUGCCUUUACGAGUGCGGAAUGGCAGCGCGAUGUCCACCCUGCCCUACCGGAAACCAUGUUCUACCUUUGA